CACCUUUCUCCAGCUCCUCCCUCCUAGGCUGUGAGCACCCUCCCUUCUAGCCCGAGUGCCCUUCCUCCCUAGCCUCUUCUUCUCCUUCCUCUCCCCUCUGCCCUUCCUCGGUCCUAAGCUCCCACUUUCCAUCUCCACACUCCGGGCAUCUUGCCCUCAGACCGUCACCUGCACCCAAGCCCAUUAGUGCACCCUCCCGCGGCGGGUCUCUCGAAGACCCUCCGCUUUAGCCUGUGCCCCGGAGCAGUGUUCCCGCUUCCCGGGUUCCUCCCCCCGAUCACCCGCAACGCUGCCCCGCACCCUCUCCCUCCGCGUCUUUCCUUCCCCUCCCCGCGAAGUUUCAGGGCUGUCAGUCCCGGAGUCUUUCGGGCAGCCCGCACCCAAGCUGCAGGCAGCCGGCGCCAUUGUGCAAACGGCCGCCCGGGACCGGAGGCCCGAGCGCCUGGGUCCCCGAAGCGGGCCGCGGCUCGUAGCCGCAGGAGCCCGCCAGGGUCUGUGGCCUGAUCACCUAGGAGAGCCACUCCUGGUGGCCAUGAGAGAGACCCUGGAGGCCCUGAACUCCUUGGGAUUCUCAGUGGGACAGCCAGAGAUGGCUCCCCAGAGUGAGCCCAGGGAUGGGUUCAGUAAUGCCCAGGAGAAGAUGUCAUCCAGAGGAGCGAGCACACUGCACUCCUGCUCAGGGCAUGAGACUCCUAGCCAGAAAGAAGGCAUCCACACAGAACAAGCUGAAGCUCCUUGUAUAGGCAGCCAGGCCAGUACCCCGCAGAAGGCCGAACCUGCAGGCUCUGUCCCAGGGGAGGAAUGGAUGAUUCGGAAGGUGAAGGUAGAGGAUGAGGAUCAGGAGGCAGAGGAGGAGGUGGAAUGGCCCCAGCAUCUCUCCUUCCUUCCCAGUCCUUUUCCCACUCCUGACUUGGGUCAGUUGGCUGUUGCGUACAAACUGGAGCCAGGGACUCCGGGAGCACUAGGUGGAAUCGCGCUGUCGGGGUGGGCCCCGAUCCCUGAGAAGCCUUAUGGCUGCGAGGAAUGCGAGCGGCGUUUCCGGGAUCAGCUAACUCUGCGGCUGCACCAGAGGUUGCACCGGGGUGAGGGUCCUUGUGCCUGCCCGGACUGUGGCCGCAGCUUCACGCAGCGUGCUCAUAUGCUCCUGCACCAACGCAGCCAUCGCGGAGAGCGUCCCUUCCCAUGCUCAGAGUGCGACAAGCGCUUCAGCAAGAAGGCCCACCUGACCCGCCACCUGCGCACGCACACUGGCGAGCGUCCCUACCCGUGCGCUGAGUGCGGCAAACGCUUCAGCCAGAAGAUUCACCUAGGCUCGCAUCAGAAGACCCACACCGGAGAGCGGCCCUUUCCCUGCACCGAAUGCGAGAAGCGUUUCCGCAAGAAGACGCACCUGAUCCGCCACCAGCGUAUCCACACCGGCGAGAGGCCCUACCAGUGCACCCAGUGCACGCGCAGCUUCACACACAAGCAACACCUGGUGCGGCACCAGAGGGUUCACGAUGCUGCUAGCCGCACCCGGUCCUCUCCAGACAUUCCUGUUGCUCCCCACUCCCCCACCGCGUCUCUUGCACCGUCCCCUCCUGGGCCCAAGCCUUUCGCUUGUUCCCACUGCGGGCAGAGCUUCGGCUGGAAAAAGAACCUCGCUACGCACCAGAGUCUGCAUCUCACCGAGGGUCGUCCUUUUGGGUGCGAUGAAUGUGCACUCGGCACCAACGUGGACCCCGCCGCCGAGCCCUCGGCCUGCACUCCCCAUGCGCCUGACUGUGGACCGGGUUCGGGGCCCGCGGCACCCCCGCGCAUCACCUCCAGCGAGCGCUCCUUCUUCUGCCCCGACUGCGGGCGAGGCUUUGCCCACGGGCAGCACCUGGCCCGUCACCGGCGGGUGCACACGGGCGAAAGGCCAUUUGCCUGUGCUCAGUGUGGCCGCCGCUUCGGCUCACGACCCAAUCUAGUCGCCCACUCCCGGGCCCAUAGCGGCGCCAGACCUUUUGCCUGUGCGCAGUGUGGCCGUCGCUUCAGUCGCAAAUCUCAUCUGGGCCGCCACCAGGCAGUGCACACUGGCAGUCGCCCCCACGCCUGCGCCGUCUGCGCCCGCUGCUUCAGCUCUAAAACCAAUCUGGUCCGCCAUCAGGCAAUCCAUACAGGUUCCCGCCCCUUUUCCUGCCCUCAGUGCGCCAAGAGCUUCAGCCGCAAGACCCAUCUGGUGCGGCACCAACGCAUCCAUGGGGACGCGGCCCUCCCUGCCCCAGCCUCGAACCUCUCUGCUCCAGCCUGGUCCAAUCCCUCCGAGGGGGUACCACCUCCAAUCUUUUUCUAAGCGAAGUUCUGACCCUCAUCCUGCCUUUCCCGACAGAUUUGGGAGACUCAUGUCUGGAGACUUAGUGGGUUUUCAACAUUCACACCUAGGUUGCUGCCAAAGCACCAGGACACUUGGGUCAUUUCUUUAAUUGUCCUUUCUUUAAUGUUAGUUGAGACGUCCGGAAAAACUUAGCUCUUGUCAGUUGUGACAACACACAGAGACUAUCCUUGCAGAUACCACACCGAGAAACAGACAUUUAUGGGGAUCAGCCAGGUCAAGGGGAGAUUGGCUGAGCGAGAGACCUCUAAAUAGAGGAUAAGAAUAGUUAUUUAUGUACUUGAAGUUCAUUAAAGUUCAAAGCUGAGGUUCUGGAGCUGUUAACUGAGCCACUGAAGGAAAAACCUGACUCUUUAUUCGCUGCCACUUCCAUCCACAGGAAAAAAGACCUUUUCUGUCAGUCUAGGGACGUAAACUUAGCUAGGAGGUUCUUCCCAACCGAAGUGCAAGAUGCACACGGGCCAAACAACUACCAUGGUCCCGCAAGUGCUCGUGUGCAUGUGCGUGUGUGUGACAGAAAUUUGGCUCGGAAGGAGUAGGUGAGGACCAGAGGGGACAGGCUGCUCUUGGGCGCUUUCUGGGGACCAGCACUGUUACUCUAGGUGCUGCUGCGGCUCCAUACCACCUGUUUCCAGCCCUUCAAGAGGCUUCCCAGAAGCGUCCUUACCUGUACCUGCCUAGGAGGUACAGAAGGAGGCAGCGCGUGAACAGGCCAUAAAGGUGGUUUGUGUAUCACUUUCCCACCAGUUGUCUCCUUUUGAGGACUGCUUGCUGCAGGCACUGCAACUGUACACCCCGCUGUGACUGAAGCACAGGGGCUGGGCUGCCUGACAGUGAAGGAGCAGUUGGGGCAUGGGGUGUGAGUUUAGAGAGAACUAUUUUGGGUUCAACCUCACAGAGGACUUGGAGGGAAUCCUUUACUCUCCUGGAACUUCAAUUUCUCAUUAAAACGAGAGCUGGUGUUGAUGAAAGCUGAGAGUACUUAACAACAAAAAUACCCAAGGCAAUGGUCUCCUGGGUGCUAAGCACUGGGAAGGGUCAGGAGCCAUCACAGCUUAAGUAGGUUUCCUGGUUUGUGUUACUGUUGCUGGGAUAAAAUACUGACCUUGACUUUCCAAGGGUGGCUUUCACGUCUACAUUGACGCCCCCGGAGUGAUAGUCAGCGUUUUCUUUGCUGUUCAUUGUUGAACCAAUAAAGUCUGUGAACCUUUAAAAAAAUACUGACCUUGA